AUGUCAAACAAGGUUGAAGUACUAAAUAAACUUGCUUCAGAUCUUUACAAUGAAACUAAUCCAGCAGUCAAGAAGGAAGCAGAACAAAAAUUUGUUGAAUUAUGUUCAGCACCCGUUGAUGUUAUUCUUGAGUCUUGUCGAAUAUUGCUUGAAAGUGAGUAUGUUCCAUAUUCUCAAGCUGUAGCAAAGACUCUUCUUAUGAAGUCAUUAAAUUCAAAAAUGUCUAUACCUAGUAAUUAUAGAUUAGACUUGGCUAAUUAUUUAAUUGAUUACAUAAUUGCGAAACACGGGACCUUUCCAUCUUUUAUAACAAAAUCUUUGUGCCAAGUAUUAGCUAGGAUUAUCAAAAUUUCAUGGUAUCAGUUGUCAAAUACUUCUGAAGAUAGGUCUCUUAGAGCUAGUGGUAGUGUAUCUUCUGCUGGUGAUACUUAUCCAUUUCGAAAACUUAUUGAAAAUUCUAUUCAACUUGUCAGAAAUUCUGCUUCUCCAACAACUCCCUUUGUUAAUGUAACUGGAAACAGAGAAGGAAAUAUAAAAAUUGGUUUAGAAAUUUUAUCAGCAAUUAUUGAAGAUUUUGGUGAUAUGCAAGGUAUAGAUGGAGUUUCAAAAUUUCGUCGUGUGGCUUCAGAUCUCAGAGAUUUUUACAUGAAAGAUAUGAUUGAAAUAUCAAUGGAUAUUUUAGAAAAAUAUUCACCUGGUAUUGAUAUUUCCUCUUUAGAAAGAAUCACAGAAAUUCGUAAUAUUUUAAUUUCAAGUAAUGAAGGACAGAUUUUUUUUUCUGCUUUAACAUUAUCUCACCAAAUUUUAAGUUUUGAUUUUAUUGGUGGUAUGUAUGAUGAAACACAAGAUGAAUCUGCUCCUAUUCAAGUACCCUCUAAAUGGAAGGAUUUAUUUUAUUAUGAGGAACCAAAUGCAUCUGAUGAAGGCAAUAGUUCAUCAAUGAGAGAUGGUAAAGAAAAUAAAGUUAGAAAUAUUGUUGGUCUUUUUUUCUCAUUAUAUACUGUAUGUCCAGGACAAUAUACUGUCAUUCUUCUUAAAAACCUUGUUCUUUUAACUUCUGUUCGUAGAACACUUUUUGAUAGUCAUGGACGUAAUCUACAUCUUGAAGCUUUGUCUAAUGGAGUUUUAAUGAUUUUAAAUGAUACAUCUCGUCUUCAGGAUAAAGAUGCUUUUCAUGAAUUUUGUCGACUAGUAGCAAAAAUAAAAGGAACUUUUCAAUUGGCUGAAUUAGUUAAAAGUACAUAUUAUAUACAAAUGAUUAAUAAAUUAGUUUCUUUUACAAUUGAAGCUCUUCGUGUCAAAGAAUUUACGCUUAAUUCAAUAUACUACCUUCUUUCUUUCUGGCAAAAAAUGGUGUCAUCUACGGCAUAUGUCAAUAGUGCAGAGAAUCAUAAUCUCGAAAAAUGGUGUCCAAAUAUUGUAAAUGCAUUUGUUCAAUGUAGAUUAGACUAUUGUAUUGCGGUUGUAAAUGAUCAUGAAGAAGAUGAUAUGGCUGAAGAUGGAAGUUUACAUCAAUUAAUGGAACUUCUUGGUACAAUUUCACGUCUAUCAUACAAAGAUGUUUAUGAGUUUUUAAAAGAUGUUUUUGAUCGAGAAUAUUCACAAUACGAAAAUAUCUAUAUAACAUCACCAAAUUCAAAUGAAGCUGUUAUUUUAAGAAAAAGAUUGGCAUGGCUCGUUAAUCUUAUCGGUGGUUGUAUUAUGGGAAAAGGGUCUUUGUCAUCUAAUUCAGAACAAGAUAUUAUUGAUGGUGAUUUAAUAUCAAGAGUGUUAAAAUUAAUGCAGACAACUGAUAAACAACAUACAUCUUUAAAUGGACUUACUGUUGAUACUCAUUUUGUUCAACUUGAAGUUGCUUAUCUUUUUUGUUUAGAACAAGUUAGAAAACAAUACAUUUCUGAUCAAAUAAUGAAAGUUUCAGAAAUGUUUAUGAGAUUAACAGAAAAUCUUGGAAUUAAAAAUGAAGAUGGUCUUCUGGUGAUAUAUGUUCGUAAGAUUUGUACAAAUAUGAAGUUCCUUAAUAUGAAUGAGUAUGUAAUUGGACAAUCAUUAAAUUUGUUUGAUGAAUUGACACUUGGAUUUAUGGCUUCAAAAAGAUUACUGAAAAUAGAGGAAGUGCAAUUUAUGAUUAAUAAUCAUAGUGGUGAUUUACUUAAUUAUAAUAAUGGUGCUGUUACAACAGCUUCCUUAAAAAGUAGAACUAAUUUCUACAAAAGUUUAACACGAAUCUUUGUUUGUGAUCUUGGAGAAGAUUUCAAAGUUUUUAAAAAUUUUAUGGCUCCUAUUGGAAAUACUUUAAAUGAGAUUGUUGAAGUAUUUAAUAAUCCUAAUAUGUCUUGUAAUCAGAAUCAAUUAAAAUUAGCUGUCAUCUCUGUUUGUCGUGAUUUAACUGGUAUAUCAUAUGCUUUGUCUAAAAAAAUUCAUUUUAUUAUGCUUUUUCAAUGGAUGCAUACUAAAGUAUUUCAAUUUAUUCAGCGUGCUCUUGAAUUAUGGGGAGAUUGUCCUGAAGUUGUCAAUCCAAUUAUGAAAUUAUUAACUGAAAUAUCGUGUAAUAGAACAAGUAGAUUAAGUUUUGAAAUGAACACUAAGUAUACAAUUGUUUUAUUCAAAGAAGUUAGUAAAAUAGUAGUUAACUUUGGAGAAAGAAUUUUUAAUUUCAGUGGCAAUACAUCUCUUAAUUCUUCUUCUUCAGCAUUAAAUGUUAAUGGACUUGAUAAAAAAAAUGAUACAUUAUUGAAGAUGAAGGUUAAAAAUAUUACGAAUAUUUUCCAUAUUACAAAAAAUGUUCUCCAAGGCGGUUAUUUACCUUAUGGAAUCAUGAAAUUAUAUGGUGAUGAUUCAUUAAAAGAUAUGAUUAAUUUGUACAUUAAAUUAUUCCUUCAUAUAAAAGAUGAUGUUUUAGAUUUUCCAAAAUUGGGCAAAGUCUAUUUUGCUGUUUUGGAUACAAUUUGUAGAGAUCAAAUUUACUACAUUAGUCAACUUGAUGACAAAAUUUUCGAAGAUAUUUUAAUCAGUAUUCAUCAUGGAAUUCAAUCAUUAGAAACUUCUGUUAUUACUAAUGCUACAAAUGCUCUUGAUUAUAUUUUGGAUAUGAUUAUUCGUAAAGUUCAUCCAACUAUUGAAACAUGUACAAUUGAUUUUGAAGAAGAAACUGGAGCAUGUUUAGUUGCAUUGGAAAGAAAUCCAGACUUAUUACUUGGUCUUUUAAACACUAUGUUAUAUACACUUGUUUUUGAAGAUUGCAAAUGUCAAUGGAGUUUGAGUAGACCCUUGUUUGGUAUUAUUCUCCUUCAAUAUGAUGCCUUCAAACAAUGGGGUGUUGAGAUGAUAAAUAAUGCUAUUGCAAGCGAAAAUGAUUCAAGCAAGGCUGGAAGUUCUGAAACAUACGCUAAUAAAAAGAAAGCACUUGAAACUGCAUUUGAAAGUCUUACUGAAGGUAUUGAGCAAAAAGUUCUCUCCAUUAGAAAUAAGGAUCAAUUUACAACAAACGUUAGUGUAUUCAGAAAAGCUGUUCAGGAAAUCAUUCGUGAUAAUGAUGAUAGAAGAAACGCUAGUAGUUAUUCUAGAGGCGAAAGAUAUGGAUACGAAAUGAUGGCGUAA